UGCCUUCCUUGUUUUGACCUCGUUCAUCUGGAGGAAGUUAAAGCCCCCAGAGGCGCUCCCUGCUCCCGGUGCGCGUGUGCUCCUGCUGUCCGGCAUCCACCAUGAGGCCCCUGGUCCUGCUGUGGGGCUGCCUCGUGCUCCCAGGUUAUGAAGCCCUGACGGGCCCAAAGAGCAUAAGAGCAUUCGAAGGCGACACUGUGUCCCUACAGUGCACCUACGGGGAGAAGCUGAGGGAUCACAAGAAAUACUGGUGCAGGAAGGCUGGGAUCCUUAUCACCCGCUGCUCCGGCACUAUCUACGCAAGAGAAGAUGGCCAGGAGAGUACAGAGGGCAGGCUGUCCAUCCAAGACAGCCCCAGCAAGCUCCAGUUCAACGUGACCCUGAGGAAGCUCACCCCGAAGGACUCGGGAGAAUACUGGUGUGGCGUCAAAAUACUGGGCUUUGAUGAGGUUUUCCUGGUCUCUCUGACAGUCCUUCCAGGUCCCUGCUGUCUUCCCUCCCCCACCCCGUUCGUCCAGCCUCUUGCUACAAGCCUCCAGCCCAAGGCCAAAGCUUGGCAAACUCAGCCCCCAGCACUGACUUCUCCUGGUGUCCACCCAAGAGUUACCACAGCCAAGCAGGGGAAGACAGAGGCCGAGGCCUCUCGAUUCACAGGAACGUCCCCGCCCACGCACCCAGGAACGCCUCUGUACACAGGAACCUCUCCAUAUUCAGGGACCUCUCCACGGGAAGAGACCUCUCCUCACAAAGCAACUUCUCCUCAUGCAGGGACUACGCGCCCAUCCACACACCUGGACCCCACCUCGGCAAAAGACACCUACAUGUUGCCCAGCAGCAGCGGCUCCAAGUCCAGGGUGUGCCCCAAAACUAUCCGCAUCUUGGCGCCGGUCCUGGUGCUGCUGGCCCUUCUGCUGGUUUCAGGGCUGAGCGCCCUCGGCAGGUACCUCUUCCAGUGGAGGAAGAAAGCUCAACUGGCUGUGGGGACACCAAGGAACGAGAAGGCUCACUACUCCCACUUGCCUCCGGGGAAGGGCCAGGUCCCGGAGUACACUGUGAUAAACGUCGUGGAAGCCCCCGCUGGGCCAGCCGCCAGCCCCAAGCCCUCCACCAGCCCCUUCGCGCAGAUCCGGUGCCUAAGCCAGGCUUCAGAGCAAGAGGAAGCCUCUUUCCAGGACCCGGAGGGCAAAGCAAGCCCAGGGCCUCCCCUCCACAUGUCUGAGGAGUUCAGACGCUCGGUGUUCAUCUCGGUCUAGCAGAGCGCGCCCUCCCGGCCAGGCCUGCCGGGACCCCUGGACCUCAGCUGAUUGGAAUAAGCUUUCUGCCCUGGCUUCAGAGUCCACGGGCCAGACCCCAGGGCCCUCCCCGCCUGCCCCAGGCUCUCCUCCUGCCCCAGCUUGACCUGGAAGCCUUUGUCAGCCUGCCCCGGGGGGGCUUCCCAGUUCCAGCGAGCGCUGGCACCUUGCCUAAACGGCCACACGCCCAGGCAGGUGCGCAGCUGCUGGGCCCUCACCCGGUUUGAGUUGUAUCUGCUGCGGGCAACCCCCCAGGCCUGGGUGUCCAGCAACAGGUU